GCACAGCACCUCUCCUCCACCAGGAAGGGAAGCACAGCGGGACAGGCCCAGGAGAGGACACUAUCACACAUGCACACACAGUCAUAGACAAAGAGAGGCCAGGUCGAUUGUAGAGGUCAAAAAAGAGAGCUGGUGCGGGACGAGGGUUGGGUGUACCCCCCACCCCCACCCCCACCGGGCCCGUCCUGGGAAGAGGAAGAAGAAGAAGAAGAAGAAGUGCGCUGGAGAAAGAGGGGUCUACCCCUCAGGUCCCGUUUCUUCUGAGAGCUCGGCCACUUAUCCAUCACCAUGGGAGAAUGGACCAUUUUGGAGAGGCUGCUGGAGGCGGCUGUCCAGCAGCACUCGACCAUGAUCGGAAGGUGGCCAGACAAAGGAGACCAAAGGGAUGUCCGUGUUGCUCUGUUUCUGCUGGAUUUGAUCCUGCUGACAGUGGUGGUGAUUUUCCGCAUCCUGAUCGUAGGCAUAGUGGGAGAGAAGGUGUACGAGGAUGAGCAGAUCAUGUUCAUCUGUAACACCAUGCAGCCCGGCUGCAACCAGGCCUGUUACGACAAGGCCUUCCCCAUCUCGCACAUCCGCUACUGGGUCUUUCAGAUCAUCUUGGUGUGUACGCCCAGUUUGUGCUUCAUCACAUAUUCUGUUCACCAGUCUGCGAAGGCUCGUGACCGAAGCUACUCUCUCCUGCAUCCUUACAUGGAUCACCAUGGUCACGGUCACCACGGCCGCCAUCAUGACCAUCAUGCUCGCAAGCUCCACUCUCGCAACAUCAACGGCAUCCUGGUGCACCCCGACAGCAGUAAGGAGGAUCACGACAUGGAGGUCAAGGAGAUCCCCAACGGACCCCGGGGACUCCCUCCGACACACAAGAGUGCCAAAGUGCGACGGCAAGAAGGCAUUUCCCGCUUCUACGUCAUCCAGGUGGUGUUCCGCAACGCACUGGAGAUCGGCUUCUUGGCCGGCCAGUACUUCCUGUACGGCUUCAACGUUCCAGGGAUGUUCGAGUGUGACCGCUACCCAUGUGUGAAGGAGGUUGAGUGUUACGUGUCUCGUCCCACAGAAAAGACCGUGUUUCUGGUCUUUAUGUUCGCAGUGAGCGGCAUUUGUGUGCUGCUCAACCUGGCUGAGCUCAACCACCUUGGCUGGAGGAAGAUAAAGACGGCCAUCCGAGGGGUGCAGGCCCGAAGGAAGUCCAUCUGUGAAGUGCGCAAGAAGGAUGUUUCACACCUGUCCCAGGCCCCGAACCUGGGCAGGACCCAGUCUAGUGAGUCAGCCUACGUCUGACAGAGGCUGCUAUGCCUGGGGGCUCGAGGACCUCUUACGUUUUGGAGAAGAGCUUUUCCCCGGCCCAGGACCCCCAAUCGUUAGGGCACAAAACUCACCACUGCAUUAUUAUUCAGGAGCACAGACAGACUCUGUGUAGUCAUGAUGAAGCAUAAAGUCACAAAAUCUUUGACACUUCAAGAGACAAGAAUCACCUCCCUGAAAAGGAACUGUGUUGCUGUAACGAAGCUUACAGCCAAAGCUUACAUGAUGGCGAGUUCUGCUCUGCCUAGGUGACACUAGCUGCCUUCAAAGAACCCGAAAGAUUAAACUGAGCAAUUACUAAUGAUACUAAAAUACUGUAAAGAUAGUCCGAGGUUGAAUUAUCUGAAGUUCUGCAUUAUUUUAACUUUGCUGUAGGUCAGAAAUAAUCCCCUUAUUUUCCAAUUAUGUGUGCAUAUGCAAGAGCUUAAGCGUGUGCAUGCAUACGCAUGUGUGUGGGAAAAAAAAGCCAAUUUCUGACUCGAGCCAGAAAAUUGAAAAUGCUAAGCUAAUCUGAGCUACUGAGCGAGAGAUGUUAUUUCUCCUUGUCCAUAAUCUUCGAGUAAGGUCACUCGGCGGGCAAACAUGCACCUUUUUAAACAUGUUCUGAGGAACUCACACAAAAACCCACAGCACUAAAAACUAUCAGCAGAAACUGGAGCACAGCACUUGUUGUCAGUGUGCCGGGCUUUUUCAUAAAGAUUCUCACUUUUCUUCAUAGUCUCUGCAUUAGGUGCCAAUCAGGCAACAGAGCGACUUCCCCUGGGAGCCUUUGUUGAAAGUGAGACACGUGGUGCUUUGAAGAUGAGUUAGAUUUACUUACUUUCCAACACUGUGUUACACACCGCAUUGCUCCCGAUGCCUGCAAGGCACGCUGUUUACUCUCAGAACGCAGCUGAAAACAGUCGAGAAAAGUGUGUCAGUGUUUCCACUUUGUAAAGCGUGAUCACUGGCUACGGAGCUGAAUGGAGUUAUAUAAGGAUUUUUUUCAGAUGAACAGGAGAAAGUAUUGUAGUCACAAAUAUUUUAACGUGUAACCUCAAGCUUUUUUUCACAAGCAGACUUGGUGCCAUAUUUCAAAGUUACUGUACAUAGAUGAGAUGUGAUAAUUACACUUAGCCUUUUCCUAACGCAGUAUAGACGGGCUUCACUUGGAUGGGGGAACAUGGGGUUUGGGGGGUAAUGGUUAAUCAUAGAUCGCCAGCUUUAACAAUAUGUAUUAUUACUGUGCUCUUUGUUAAGCCUUCACCCUCUAAUGGAGACUAUAUGUUCCGAGAAGUGUUUCCCCCCCUAUGGACUUUGAAAAAAGGCAUGUUACUGAAGCAUUAAUAGAAUGGAUAGAUUAUGACAUGUAACUUAAAAAGAGACUGUUUUAUUUAUUUGCAUCCUGCUCCUGUGAAAUGUAAUACUUAGCAUGCAUGAAGAUGAAAAAUAUAAAGAGAUAUGAACAUAGAAGCCCUCUGUGGGAAUAUGGAAAGAGAAAACCUGAAAGGCUCCUGAACUGCAGCAAUAAUAAUAUAUAGUAUGUGAAAAAAAAAUAUGUGAAUAAAUUAUUAU